UUAUGCCCUGGUAAGAAAUAAAUUGUUUGUCUUCCAUUAUCCCUUGUUUGUUCAUUUCAUAAGAUUUGUUUUCUGUUAAUAUCCCACGGAAAACUUUGUAUUACUAAGUCCGGCUUCGUUUAUCGCGAAAUUAGAGGAAUGUAUCUUUAAAGUUCUAUUUUUAGCGAUUCCCUUGAAAUUCUCAGCAUCUCUUAGCAUUUUUGAGGGCAGGAGGGCAGGAAGAGAUGUUGUUUUCGGAGUUGGCUAUAGUGAUUGGUUUCCGUUAUUUGUAUUAUUUCGCUCGGCUAGUGACCGGAAAUAGCAUGUUCUAGUUCCUGUCCAAGUCUCACUGAUGUCUCUCGUUGGUUCUGUGGUUUUUGUGCUUCUACGAUGUCACCGGGUCAACUUUAAUCCACACCAAAAAUGUGUGUUUAGACGUUUCAGGCAUAGCAAACCUUUGCAGUUUGACCUUAGUGAAUUCUGAAAUACAAGGCAGCAUUAUACCGCCACACUUUCGCGAAUUAUCAAAAAAGGAAAGAUGUGUAACAACGAGUAAAAGCAUGGAAACGGUCUUAAAAUCCGCCGUAUUCUUCGUGUUGUUUUUCACGGAGACGAUUGCUCCUAUAUGUGACCGCGACUCUCAAAUAGCAGCUGGAAACGAUCCCGAUCCAUGGGAUGAAGAUCGGCGCUGGGACACUGAUCAGGAUUACAUGACUUACUACUGUGUUUGGAAAAGUUGGAGCAGUUGGAGCAGUUGUUCUCGUGGAAAAAAGACACGUUAUCGCGUAGAGGAGGAUGACGUGAACAAUUGUCGAUGUGACAUAGAAUUUCAAACGCAUACGUGUAGGAUUUUGGUACACGGUGGCUGGUCAAACUGGAGUGAAUGGACUUCAUGCAGUCAGUCCUGUGGAACCGGUUCCCAAGAACGUUCUCGAACCUGUACCAGUCCCCCUCCACGUUAUGGCGGGAGAUCAUGCGCAGGAGCAGCGCGGCAAACGCAAACAUGCAACAAGCAGGCGUGCCCUGUUAAUGGCGGCUGGUCAGGUUGGGGUGUAUGGUCAAGCUGCAGGAACCCGUGUGAUGUUGUUGGGACACAAGGAAGAUCACGGAGCUGCACGAAUCCACGACCUCGAAAUGGCGGGAAAUCUUGUCCGGGAGCGGCCAAUGAACAACGCUUGUGUAUCACGCACUCAUGUCCGGGUAAGGAAAAAAAGAUAAUUUUCCUGUUGUGUGAAAAGAGCUUAAUAUGGUUAAAAAUCUAAUCUUAUCAUAUAUCUUGUGCUUUCGGAGAAAUACGAAUGUAAAUCUUAUUUGACACAAAGUUAAGAAAGUUUUAAGGGCCCAUUAACCGAUCUUU